AUGGAUUCUUCAAAUGCACAGAAACAUCACCAGGAAAUGGGUUCCCAAACACUAGAAGGCAUGUUAGUAUGCACAAAACCACAGCAAGAAAAGAAACCAAGGCCUACUGAGCAAGCCCUGAAAUGCCCUAGGUGUGACUCUACAAACACCAAGUUCUGCUAUUACAACAAUUACAGUCUUUCCCAGCCAAGGUACUUCUGUAAAUCAUGCAGGAGGUACUGGACUAAAGGUGGAACAUUGAGGAAUGUUCCAGUGGGUGGAGGGUGCAGGAAGAACAAGAGAUCAUCGUCAUCGUCUUCAUCAUCAUUGUCAUCAAAGAGGAACCAAGACCAUCCAAUCACGACGAAUCCAAGCCCGGCCCUCCCACCACCUUUAUCAUCAUAUGGUCAAUAUUCUUGCAAUGAUCUCAGUCUUGCAAUUGCUAGUCUUCAAAAGGGACAAUUUGGGUUUGAUGAUUCCCAUGAUUUUACAAUGGUGGGUGGUUCUAACAUCAUGGGACAUUGUGGGAUUCUUGGAAAUUCAGGUGUCAACACACGUGUUCCAUUUGCUCCUGCUGAGGUUUUUGAAGGUCCUGGAUUUCUUGAUGGCACCUCAAAUGGAUUUUACUAUGGAUUAGGGAACGGAAACAUAGGACAGUCCGAAAAUGGUAGCCGGGAAUUGAAUUUUAGUGAAGAAAUGGGAUCAAUCCCUUAUCAGGGUUCAACCACAGCAUCAACAGCAGUCACAACAGUGAAGCAAGAAAUGCAGAAUGCAAGAGAAUUAGGUGAUAGCAGCAGGGCAUUAUGGGGAUUUCCAUGGCAAGUUGGUGGGGAUGGAAACAUGGGGGAUUUACAUGGAAUUGGCUCAUCUUGGCAUGGACUUCUCAAUAGCCCUCUCAUGUAA